CCGGCAGCCAAACGAGGCUGAAUGUUCCCUAAUCGAGCACGAUAUAUGAACACAUUAUCGCCUCUUCUUUUACACUCUCUACCUUCCUUGAGCUGCUUUGAUGUGGUACCCAAAUGACAGACACGAAAGGUAUAGUGGUCUUUUCGGGCGGCAGCGCAGCAAAUAACCUUGUCGAUGUCUUCGAGGCAGUCCGCGAGAACAAAGCAUGCCCACUGAGUUACAUCAUUCCAAUCAGCGACAACGGCGGUUCCUCCUCAGAAUUGAUCAGAGUCUUUGGUGGGCCAGGAAUCGGUGAUGUACGCAGUCGCUUGGUCAGACUCAUACCAACGGAUCCCUCCUCCCCAGAGAGAUUAGCCAUAUCAUCCCUGUUCAAUCAUCGCUUAUCGUCGACUUCCUCCGUUGAUGCAGCUGCGGAAUGGCAGCUGAUCGUGUCCGGCACGUCCGACCUAUGGCGAGCGAUCUCAGCGGCCAAGAAGGAACUCGUCCGAUCAUUCCUCAACCUACUCAAUCUUGAGAUCCUCAAGCGGGCAAGGCCGGCGUCAACAUUCGAUUUCACUUCUGCAAGUGUGGGCAACCUCUUUCUGACUGGCGCGAGGUUGUUCAGUGGCAGUUUUGAGUCAGCAAUCUAUUUAUUGAGCAGUAUCUGCACCAUACCAGAAGACGUGCGCGUCAUUCCUAGCAUCACCUCUAACUUCUCUCAUCAUAUAGCUGCUGGACUCGCCAAUGGCGAUGUCAUUGUUGGUCAGAACAACAUUUCCCAUCCAGCGGCAGCGACGGCUCUGGAGAUGCCUACUGUCUCCACAGGAAGACAUCAUAUUGCCAGAAGCAGGCAUAGUGUAGAUCACACGGAGGAGACCGAGGAUGCCAACUUUCCUGGGACGCUCCCCACCCUUCGCCAGAACAAUAUCAAGUUCAGCAAAAGCGAGGAAGAAGACCUUCCGGCACAAAUCGAGCGCAUCUGGUACAUCAACCCGUACGGACAAGAAAUGCUACCGCCUGCCAAUCCCCGUGUCAUCGCUGCCAUCAAGCAGUCUCAAGCGGUGAUUUAUUCAAUAGGGUCUCUGUAUACAUCCAUCAUACCGUCCAUUGUUCUCAAAGGUGUUGGCGAUGCACUACGGUUGACUCCGGCUCGACACAAGAUCCUCAUCUUGAACGGUACAUUGGAUCGUGAGACAGGCCCAACCUCAAGCCCCUAUUCCGCUUUCGACUUUGUGGAGGCGAUUGCUCGCGCCGGCGAACAGUCUCGCGGUCAUGUCUGGAGACCAGUACUCCAUACUUCCCAUUCAGAUGACAGUCUGAAAACAACCGUGGCUACAUCGCCUGCUGCACGACAUGGUGACUAUCUGAUGCCCGGGACUUCUCCUCAAUACGAGCCGAAGAAUUCCAGUCGAGACUCGAUAUAUCGACAGUAUGUGACACAUGUGAUUCACCUCAUUGGCGAAGGUACCCCACAGGUCGAUCGAGGGCGUCUCGCGGACGUGGGCAUCGACUGCCUAAAGCUAUACGGACGCAAGAGUGACAAGGGUGUCAUGCUGUACGAUCCACAAGCGCUGAUAGGAGCCAUCGAGGCUGUCCUGGGCAAGAAGGGCGAUGCUAUGCUCCUAAGUCGGAGUCGCAGAAACACCUUGCAAGGCUAGAUCUUUCGACUUUGUCACCGUGAUCGGGCUGAUCUCC